UGGAUUUUUAUGAAAUAUUUUUCUCAGCAUCGAUUUUGGCAAUCAUGUGACUUUUCUAAUCUAUUAAUAUAUUGUAGCAGACACCCUCGGUUCCUUGCUGUGCAGAAUUGACGUAGCUGACCUGAGACUGUUCUCCUUGGAAAGGCCUGCUGACAAGAUGCCUUCCGCUGGCAUCUGGGAACUUAGAUUUUGGGAGGGUUCCCACUCUUCCCUAUCGAGAGUGGCUCACUGUGCCAAGACUCUUCUUUCAAACAAUAUGGUUUGUCUUGAACACGUGUUUUCCUCUGGGAUUCUGGAAUUUUGGUAUGUACUAGGAUAUGUACUAGGAAUAGCCCCCCAUAAAAGCCAUGGGCACUGAGUCUCUAAUAGGCUAACACAUUUCACAUGAGUUAUUACAACUUGUUGCUGGGGAAGUGAGCAUAUCCUCUGUGACUUCAUGGAGACAGGACUCUUGGAAACUUGUGCCUCGUUUUCCCCCAGACUUUGCCACACCUUUUCCCUUUGCUGAUUUUGCCUUGUAUACUUUCAUGGUAAUAAAUCAGUUAUGUGCUAAAUCUUGGGAGUCCUAAGGAAUCACUGAAUCUGGGCGUCAUCUUAGGGACCUCCAGCACACCUGCCAAACGUCCAUUCACUUCCUUCUCCUUUUCUGCCAGAUUCUCCAGACAUUCCUUGGCUUGUGGCAGCAUAACUGAUGUCUGCCUCUGUCUUCACAUGGUCUCAUCUUCCCUGUGUGUUUCUUCUCAGUGUGUCUGGUAUAAGGACACUCAUUGGAUUUUAGGGCCUGCCUGGAUAAUCCUGGAUGUUCUCAUCUUGAGAUCCCUAUAAUUACAUCUGCAAAGACCCUUUUACCAAAUCAGAUCACAUUCACAUGUUCAUGGGGUUACGAUGUGAACAUAUCUUUGGGGGGGGGGGGUGGCACAAUUGAACCCACUACAAAGGAGUAUGUGGACACGUGAUUUUAAGGGGAAAAAAUGUCCAGAGCCUCACUUCUAUAUGUCUUCUUUCCCAAAACUGAUCUGUGUGGGAAGUCUUCUGCCAUUCGUCUGCCAGGCUUUGUGCUGUGCUGGUUUUCCUUUCCCAUAUUCCCUUUCUCAUUCAUGCUACUUAUACUUCACAGAAGGCAUACCUCUCUCCAUUUAGAUUGUUAUGUUUUACUGCCUCAGGGGCAUCAAAUAAAGGGACAGUUAGAAGCACUGGCCUUGACUUAAGGUGGGUGAACAACAGCAGUGACAGCAUCUGGGCCCAGAGGGAAUAUAUCACCCAAAUGAACUUACUCUUCACUCCACAGGUCCUGGCUUUGAGGAGCAAGAGAAAUCAAGUAAAGGAUGAGGAGGAGGUUCCUGGAGUUGCAUAUGGUCAUUUCGUGGGACAUCCGUUACCUGAGACUGAGAUUUUGGAACAGAAACUUAGGGCAGAUCCAGAAGAGACUAAAAACAACAUCCUAGUUACUUGGCAUUUCCCAAAACAAGAAAAUGAUGAAGGCUCAGGGAUCGCUGACACUGAAGGAUGUGGCCGUGGACUUCACAUGGGAGGAGUGGCAGCUCCUGGACCCUGAUCAGAAGGACCUGUACAGGGACGUGAUGCUGGAGAACUAUAGCAACCUGGUGUCCGUAGGGUAUCAAGUUAACAAACCUGAUAUACUCUCCAAGUUGGAACAAGGAGAACCACCAUGGACCUUAGAAGAUGAAGUUCACAGUCACCCCCAUCCAGAAAUUGAUAAAGUGGAUGAUCAUAUGCAGCCACACUGGCAAAACCAAAGUAUACUGAAGAUGUUGGAACAGUGUUAUGAACAGAAUGCAUUUGAGAAUAUUAUUUAUCAGAGCAAAAGUUGUUUUCCUUUGAGGCCAAAUCAUGAUGUAUUUGAUUUACAUGGGAAAACUAUGAAAUCAUAUUUAGAUGUAAUCAACCUGAGUACAAGCUGCAAAAAAAUAGAGUCUGCUGAGUUUAAUGGAGAUGGGAGAUCCUUUCUCCAUGUUGAUCAUGAGCAAACUCAUACUGAAAUUAAACAUCGGGACAUACACAAAAUAGAGAACACCCACGAAUGUACUGAAUGUGGGAAAGCCUUCCUCAAGAAGUCUCGGCUCAAUGAACAUAAGAGAAUUCAUACAGGAAAGAAACCCCACAGAUGUAGUGUCUGUGGGAAAACCUUCUCCAAGAAGUUCAAGCUCACUGAACAUCAGCGAACUCACAAAGGAGAGAAACCCCAUGAGUGCCGUGAAUGUGGAAAAGCCUUCCUCAGGAAAUUUCAGCUUACUGAACAUCAGAAGACUCAUACAGGAAAUAAACCCCAUGUAUGCAGUGUAUGUGCGAAAGCAUUCUACAGAAAGUUCAAGCUAACUGAACACCAGAGAACUCAUACAGGAGAGAAACCCUAUGAAUGUCCUGAAUGUGGCAAAGCCUUCUUUAGGAAGGCAGAGCUCGUUAUACAUCAGAGAAACAAAAGAGGAGAAAAACCCCAUGUAUGCAAUGAGUGUGGGAAAGGUUUCUCCAGAAAAUCACAGCUCAUUCUGCACCAGAAAAUUCAUACAGGAGAGAAAUCUUAUAUAUGCAGUGAAUGUGGAAAAGGUUUCAUACAGAAGGGCAAUCUUAUUAUACAUCAACGAACUCACACUGGAGAGAAACCCUAUGGAUGCACUGAAUGUGGUAAGGCCUUCAGCCAGAAGGCAUGCCUCAUAGCACAUCAGCGAUUUCAUACAGGAAAGACUCCCUUUGUAUGUACUGACUGUGGAAAAUCUUGUUCACAGAAAUCAGGACUCAUUAAACAUCAGAGAAUUCACACAGGAGAGAAACCCUAUGCAUGCAGUGACUGUGGGAAAGCCUUCACUACAAAGACAAUGCUCAUUGUCCAUCAAAGAACUCACACGGGAGAGAGGCCCUAUGGAUGCAAUGAGUGUGGGAAAGCUUUCUCCCACAUGUCAUGCUUGGUUAAACAUAAGAGGACACACACAGGAAAGAAACCACAUAUAUGCAGUGAGUGCGGGAAAGCCUUCUCCAGGAAGGCAGAGCUCGUUAGACAUCAGAGAACUGAAAGAGGAGAGAAACCCCAUGGAUGCAAUGAAUGUGGGAAAAAAUUCUUGAGGAAGAUUCAGCUCACUGAACAUCAGAGAACUCAUACAGGAGAGAAACCCCAUGAAUGUAAUGAAUGUGAGAAAGCCUUUUCCAGGAAGUCACAGCUCAUGGUCCAUCAGCGAACUCAUACAGGAGAGAAACCCUACGGAUGCAGUGAAUGUGGAAAAGCCUUCAGCCGGAAGUGCCGGCUCAACAGACAUCAGCGCUCUCAUACUGGAGAGAAAUUAUACGGUUGCAAUGUGUGUGGGAAAGCCUUUUCCCAGAAGUCAUACGCCAUUGCACAUCAGAGACUUCACACAGGAGAGAAGCCUUACGAAUGCAGGGAAUGUGGAAAAACGUUCUUUUUUAAGUCAGACCUUACCAAGCAUCAGAGAAUUCAUACAGGAGAGAAACCAUAUGAAUGCAGUGAUUGUGGAAAAGCCUUCAGAAGCAAGUCAGAGCUCAUUCAGCACCAGCGGACUCACACCGGAGAGAGACCAUAUGCCUGCAGUGAAUGUGGCAAAGCCUUUGCCCACAUGUCAGUCCUCACCAAACAUAAGAAAACUCAUAAAAGAAAGAAAGCUGUGGAUUCCCCAAAGCUGGAGAAAUCUUCCUCAGUGAGUCAUAGCUCUUUAUUCAUAAGUGAACUCAUACAGGAGCAAAACCCUAUGAAUGCAGUGCCUGUGGAAAUGUCUUUUACGGGAACCCAGCCCUUAUUAAACAUCAGCGAGUUCCUAGGGGACAGAAAUGUAGUGAUUGUGGACCAGCCUUUUUCAAGAAGUCAAGCCUCAGUAGAAAAUCGGGAAUUUACACAGGGAUUAAGCCUUGCAAAUACAGUGAAUGUGACAACCCCUUCAGUAAUAAAUUAUGUCUUAUAUGUUACAGAUAUUGUGUAGGAAAAAAAAAAAUCCUCAGAUACCUGAGAUGGGAAAAAGUCUUGAGCAAGAAUCCUCCCCACAUUCAUUAUGUGUCAGAGCUUGCUUAGGACAGAAAUGCUGUGGAUGGGGUGGUUGUGGAGAACACCUCUGUGAGAAGUUAGGCUUAGUAAAUAUCAGUGAGAUCACAUUGGGCAGAAAUGCAGCUCUUGUGGGGAAGUCUUUUCCUAGAGGUGAUAUUGCAGUUGAUAUCAAAGAAUUCCCACAGGACCAAAACCUUAGAGUGUGAUGGUUUUUUAUGAUAAAUUGUACCUUAUCACUUGUCAGAGGAGCAUAGAAAGACAACUCUAGAGGCACUGAAGGUGGAAGACAUGUUUAGUAAAAUGUGGGAGCACUCAUAGAGAAGAAAAAUCCCCCAAAGGCAAUAAAAAAUGGAAAUUCUAUCACCAAACUAAGUCAUGUAUCACAGUUUUACCUUGGAAAGUGGGAAAGACUUUUGUAAAUAAAGGAAAUCUUCUUGAACACCAGGAAUUGCAUUGUGCAGUGAAAACCUAAGAAUAUAAUGAAUGUAGAAGGACAGCUAUAUUAGUUUCUUAUGGCUGCUGUAACCAGUUGUCACAAACUCAGCGUCUCAUAACAGCACAAUUUAUUAUCCUGGAGCUCUGAAGUCCAGAAUGCAUCUCUGGGCCAAAAGCAAGGUUGUUCACAGGGUUGCAUUUCUUCUUGGAGGCUCUAGAGGAGAAUCUGUUUCUUUGCUUUUCCAGCUUCUAGAAGCUGCCCAAAUUCCAUGGCUUGCGGCCCCUUUCCUUCCUCAGAGCCAGCAAUGGCUGGUCAACUCUUUCACCCUCCAACACUCAUUCUUCUGUCUCCUCCUUCCACGUUUAAGGAUGCUUGUGAUUACAUUGGGCCCACCCAGAUAAUCCAGGAUAAUCUCCUAUCUUAAAGUCAGCUAAUUAGCAGCUUUAACUCCAUCUACUACCUUGUGUCCCCUUUGCCUUAUAAUAUAACAUGUUCACAGGUCCUAGACAUAAGGAUGUAGACAUCUUUGGGAGGCCAUCAUUCUACCUACCAGAGGCCACCCUUUGGUGCCCAGUGAUUCGUGUCUAUCCUGCAUGCAAAUGGAUUCAUCCUAUCCCAGCAUCUCCAGAUGUCUCAGCCCAUUACGGGACCAACCCAGAAUCCAAAACCUAACCUAAAACUGAUCAGCUCAGGAGUGCCAAAUUUCAUCUUCUAAAUCUAGUGUUGAUAGGCUCUGGGUACAAUCCAUACUGAGGUUUCUCUAUGUGAACCUUUAAAACUCUAGAAACGAUUUAUAUGGUCCUAAAAUAACUUAAUUCCAUCUUCUACCUUAAUUCCCCUUUACCAUGCAAUGUAACAUAUUUACAGUUUCUAGGAAUUAGGACAUGAACACCUGUGGGAUUUACCAUUAUUUUGCCUACCACAAAAACAUUAGAUUUCAGAGAAUUUACACUUUGAUAAAUUCCUACCUAGCCCUUAAGUAAAUUUGGAAAAACAUGUUUCCAGAGAAAUAAUUAUCUAAAGUAAUUAUGAUCUAAGUACAUUAACAUUUUUUCUUUAAUCAUAGAAUCUUACGCUGAUUGUUAGAUGUGAACACCGUGGAAUGCUCUUGAAAUGUAUAAAUCAAAUUCUCAGCACUGGAAAAGAACUCUUAAAUGUCCUAAAGGAAUAUGAGAUUUAUGCUGCUAGAAAUACUACCAAACAUACGUUUGUAUCUAUUCUGAAAUUGCACAAAUUAAUAUAUCCACAUAUAUCAUAGUGAACCUAAAUCCUGACCAGUAUUUUUCACAGCCAACUCCAACAACACCUUUUUCUUCAACAGUAUGAUGUAUAUAUCGUCCCACCUUAAAUAACAAGAAAAGACAAAAUACGUGAAUGGACUUCUUCAGAUGUUGGAUAAUAGGGAGCUCAGAACAGCUAUCUCUGAGAGAAAGAAAACAAAUGAAGUAAGCCUUAUGAUUGCCCCCCAGCCUACUGCCUGGAGAGAGUUUCCAUUCUACAGCAUAGGGAGGAGGAGCCCCAAAAGAUCUCAGUCUCCUUGAAUUGAGACAGAGUUUAGAGUUAGUAGAAUUCAGUGUGGCUGAAAUCAAUCCAUGGGGCAGAUGACAGGAGAGGAGAGAGCUGUGCCCAAAGAGUGAGAGAGUUCUAGAGUUCUAGCAGUCCUACAAGAGAUACUGUGAAAGCUAUAAUAAUUAUAUAUGCUAAAGGCACUUGGUAAUUAUGAAUUUAGUCAUAGUCUAAUGAGUCAAAAUCAUUUGUUUUAAACUAAAUACCAUAUUCAGUUCAUUCUAGUCCUUUUUUUUUUUUUUUUUUUGUG